AUGGCGCAGAGACCCGAAUUUUCAAAACUCAAGAUCCCGUACUUCAGCGGAAAGACAUCGGAAAACCUCACCCAACAUUUCAGACGACUAGAAGCCGAGAAAGAUGCGUACGGGUGGACCGACGAAACAGCCAAAAAAGUCCUAGCCUAUUUCCUGAGCGACAAGGCUAGAAUCUGGUACGACAACGAAAAGAGGAACAAUGGAUUAAACGAAAAAACCUGGGAAGAGAUCAAAGAAGCUUUCGAAGCACGCUUCGUAACAGAAAAAGACAGUUCGGCAAUCAUAGCCUUUAGCUCAAGGAAACAAAAACUAACAGAGAGACCAAUGGAUUAUUUCGACGCCAUGAUUGACCUGAGGGAAAGGCUACCACAUGAAAUAGACGAAAAAACCCUUGUAUUAUAUAUCAAAAGAGGCCUUCUACCACAACCCAAAAAAAUAGUCCGAGAGCAAAGACCUAAGGCACUAGAGGCCUUAAGAGAAACGCUCUUAGGAGCAGAAGAAGCGCUGGAACUCCUAACAUCAUUUGAAGAUGAAGAAGAAGACGAAAAGCCGCCAAAAACUAAAACACCAGGCAAGUAUCACAAGCUGGAAAAGAAAAUGGAGAAGAUAGAAGCACUUUUGGUAGCCAAGGCGGAACAAGUUCAACUUGUAAAUACAGAGAGACAAGAUAUCAGAGGAAUAGAAAAGAAAAUGGAGAAGAUAGGAGCACUGUUGGCAACCAAGACGGACCACGUCCAAUUUGUAGAUACAGAAAAACACGACAUUAAUGACAUAGUAGCAGCGAUAAACCGCCUAACUGUAAGUCACAGCCAAGGACGCCUAUGUUACAGGUGCAAACAGCCUGGUCAUUUUGCAUCUGAAUGUGUCCAAGGAAACGAAAAGAAACAAUGUUUGCGGUGCGGCGAAACCUCACACGUAAUAUCCGAAUGUACACUAAAAGAAAUUGAGCGUAUAUGUUACACAUGUGGCAACACCGGACACUACAGUAGAUCCUGCGCCUUGAACCGGAACAGGAAAGAUUCACGUGGACCAUCACCUGCUAGAUAUCGUGACAGAUCAUCAAGAGACAAAUCUCGCGAGCGCCCACAAUCAAGUCAAAUACGCUGCCAAAUUUGCGACAAACCUGGUCACGCCGCUUUAGCAUGCCAGGACUACAUGAAGAACCAAAAAAACUAA